CUUGGAUGCGCAAAGGUGCAGGCCUGCUUUCCCAAGUGUCCAGUAGUUCUUCACACCUUCAAUCAACGCUUAGCUGACCGCUGGAGGAGAGGUCAUGUUACAGCCCGCAGCUCCGUUUGCUCCAGGGCUCUAUUUCUUCCUUACUGUGCCCCUCCAUCCGCUCCACGUUCACGCGGCCCCGUCAAGCAUCAAGCAUCACCAUCCACAACACCACGCCGCCAGCUGAGUCCACCGCUAUCACCUUGCCGCCCCUGCUGCUACCACGCCGCCCGGCCCGAUCCUUCUGCCCCAGUUUUGUCCCGUGGUAAAUGGUGUCCUCGUCCCGAAAUAAUGGGCAUCCUCAACUUGUCCAACGAGCUUCUUCGUGAGAUCCUCGACCACAUUGAAUCGGACCCUGAGAAGCUAGUCAGUCUCGAUCGCCGUGCCUAUCUCUCGCAGGAGAGUUUCAAGCCUCCGCCGCCACCGGACCGGGACCAAGCUCAAAACAUCGCGAGCUUCCGGCUCACGUGCAAGAGAUUCUCGGAACUCGGCGCCGUUCACCAGUUUGCGCGAGUCACCACUCGAUUCUCUAGGAAAGGCCUGAAGCGCCUAGAGAACAUUGCCGGGCAGGAGCACCUUGCACGGCAUGUUAAAAAAUUCAGCUACAUGGUGCCGUUCUUCUACGUCGAGGGGCGGGAACGCGUUCGGGACCUACUGCCUUCCUUACCGGAGAGUCUCGGCUUCUUAGACGUCAGACACUUUGUGCGUAAGGUCAAUGAGCAAAAGGAGAUCGUCCAGACCAAGGAGGAUGUCCGAGUCUUGAACAAGGCCAUCUCCGCAUUCACUUCUCUGCAACACGUGCAGAUCCUUCGGUUGCAGGAUCAGGAGGAUGGCAUGCUUAUCUCCUACAUACGUCAGCAUGACCAGCUCAACCAGCUAGUCGAAUUAAAGUGGCCGCCAGCCUGCUCUCAUUCUACCAAAACCAUUGGGGCGGCACUUCUCGCCUCAAGAUCCCCCUGCACACGUUUCUCAUCGCCCAUGCUCAGUCCUCAGAGUGCUCUAGGCUUAGCAAACGAUCCCCCAAACACGUUUGCAGUCCUUGCAGAGCGUCUCACUUGCCUAGAGUUGCACUUUGACGACGGAACGGAUCUGGACAAUCGGAUGAGGGAACUCUCCACUCUGUCUCGGGUCGUGUUCAACGCUGCCAAGAAUAUGCAAGCGGUGCAUAUAGGAUUUCCCUCGCAUAGGCCGUUAAGCCUAAAAUUAGAAGAGAUAUUUCACAAUGUGAAGUGGGACAAGCUGUUAGCUUUUGGGAUACAAGCAUGGAGACUCGAUGCAGAUGAGAUAAUUGCAUUAGCUCGGCGGCACCGAGAACGGCUUCGAGGCUUAAGGCUAAGAGACGUGUUGUUGAAAGAUGGCAGCCGGUGGAAAGAUGUGCUUGCCUACCUUCGCAACGACAUGGCCAGGUUAGAUUGGGUGAGUCUACGGAGGAUCGACUAUGAAAAGCACUUCGACGAACAAUGGGUGCUCGGCGCCGAAGUCCCCGACGACCCUCCAGGUGGCGGUAGUGACAGUGACGACGAAAGUGACGACUGGGAUCCUCACGGUGACACAGAAGACGACAUACCAGAUCCUCAUCACGGUGAUGAUGACAGUGAAGGUUCGCGAGACGAUUCCGAUUCGGAGGCGGGCUCGGACGAGCCGGAGCAAGGAGGCAAUAUGGAUUUUCCCCCACUCUCUCCAGACACGCCAGCGUCGGUGCCAUGGUGCAACUGUAAUGGUCGCACCGGCUACCCAGACAGUGCAGACGCGCUUGGAGAUGACGGCGUGGCGGUGAGUUAUUCGCAGCGGAAAAUGUGGGAGAAAUGGGUGGUUCGAAGACCCUGUACUGAGCACAGCCACAAGUGA